GAGAAAACCAAGGUCCAGAGUGGUGAAAUAACAUGCCCAAAGCCACAUAGCUGGACUGGAAGGUAAAAGAGCAAGGAUUCAAACCCAGGCAGCCUGGCUCCAGAGGGCUUCCAGGUGCUGCACUGUACUAUUUGUAACCCGGCGACAUAUGUGAAAGGGUUUAGAGUCCUUGAUGUUUGAGAAGACAAGAAACUAUGAGUGGAGGAUCUCAAGUCCACAUUUUUUUGGGUGCUCCAUGUGGCCCAUUGAAAAUGACAGUGUCGCAGGAACCAACUUCUUUAAUGACCCCUGCUGACCCUUGGAAAAAAAUUCAGCUUUUAUACAAACAACAUUCUUUAUAUCUGGAGGAUAACAAAUGCAACCACAAAAAUCUUGAAGACUAUCAAGUCCUAGAAGCUGUUUGCCCUCCAGAUCUUCAUAAUGGUCAUUUUUUAGCAAACUCUGUGAAUAGAGAUGACUUUAUACAUUGUAUGUCUACAAAAUCCCAGAAGAGUCACCCUUUUGGGAUGAGUGAAAUGACUAACACUGAUGUGCAAGUAGGUGGACUUAAGGGGAGAGUUCAGCAUUUAACUGAAGAAGAAAAGUACCAAAAGCUUUUCAGUGAAAAUAAGAAAAUGACAGAUGAGCAGCAUAAAGAUCUGUCAAAUAUAUGUGAUCAAAACUUUGGAAAAGUACCCUCUCAGUUAGUUCGUAAGUGUGCAGCUACAUUGGAUUUUGGUUGUAGUACUGAGCAGGUUAACAUAGGGCCAGGAGCUGUUGAAACAAAGUGUAUAUCAACAGAACACCGUGAAACAGAAAACCAGUGUCUGAAGUGCUUUUCUUCUAGCACAGUAGUGAUGCCAAGAUGUGGAUCACUUCUGAAGGUCUCAGACCUUGAAAUAUCUACUGAUACUGAAUUUCUCAAUAUAAUGACCUCUAGCCAGGUUGCUUUUUUAGCUCAAAGGAAUUAUAAAGAGCAAAAUUCCAUGAAUGUAUGGACUAUAAACAUGGAGACUGAGCCAAAGGCACGUCAUAGGGAAAUAAGAAUACCUGACAAUGAUGUGAUUCACCCUAAUGAUGAUUUUGCAGAAAGAAAUGAAAGCAGACAAAACCAACCACAUUCCCUUGAACUCUUUAGUCCUAUUUGUCUUGAAACAAAAAGUAGCCAAAUUCGUAUAAACUCUGAUAAAGGUGUUGAAGAAAAGACAGGAUCUCAAGAACUUUUUGAUUUUGAAGAUAAACUGCCACCAAAUGAAAUAUGCAUUGAGUCAUUUAGCUCAGGAAUACUGUGUUCCCAACUAAGUACCUUCCACAAAGGUUCUAUUAAGAGAAGUUGGACUUCUGAAGAUAAAUCAGCCCAUUCUAAAGCCUUAUCUAAAGUCCUCCAAGUGUCUAAGAAAGUGAAGUUAGCUUCUAAUGCAAGAAAUCCUACUGUAGCAAUGGACCAGAGGAAUGUAUCUGAAUUUAAGGGUGUUAAAAAAACAUCAUUGAUAAAAAAUUGUAAUUCUAAAAGUCAGAAGUAUAAUUGUUUAGUCAUAGUGUUAUCGCCAUGUCAUGUGAAAGAAAUAAACAUAAAAUCUGGGCCAAAUUCUGGCUCUAAAGUGCCUUUAGCAACAAUUGUGGUAACUGAUCAGUCAGAAGUGAAGAAGAAGGUUUCCCUGUGGAGGACUACAGCAUUUUGGGCACUUACGGUGUUUCUUGGAGAUAUAAUUUUACUCACAGAUGUUACUGUUCAUGAAGAUCAUUGGGUUGGUGAGACAGUACUACAAUCAACAUAUACCAGUCAUUUAUUUAAUCUUGGGAGUUAUUCAUCUAUCCAGCCUGAAGAAUAUUCCAGUAUAGUUGGUAAUGCUGUACUUCAAGACUUACUGGCAUAUGUGUCUUCAAAACAUUCCUAUCUCAGAGAUCUUCCUCAACGACAGCCUCAGGAAAUGAAGAGUAUAGACUUUGUAGAACUGGAGCAGCUUCAGCCGGAUAUGUUAGUCCAUGCAGUCCUAAGAGUUGUUGAUAUCACUAUACUGACAGAGGCUUUAUACAGUUAUAGAGGACAGAAGCAAAGAAAAAUAAUGUUAACAGUGGAACAGGCCCAAGGUCAAUAUUAUGUGCUUGUAUUAUGGGGUCCUGGAGCAGCCUGGUACCCUCAACUUCAAAGGAAAAAAGAUUAUAUUUGGGAAUUUAAGUAUCUUUUUGUUCAGCGCAACUGCAUUCAAGAAAACCUCGAAUUGCAUACAACUGCUUGGUCAUCCUGUGAGUGCCUGUUUGAUGAUGAUAUAAGGGCAAUUACAUUUAAAGCAAAAUUUCAAAAAAGCACACCCUCUUUUGUGAAGAUGUCAGAUUUAGCAACACACCUCGAGGAUAGGUGCUCAGGAGUGAUUCUCAUCAAGGCACAGAUUUUGGAGCUGCUGUUUCCUAUUACAGCAGCUCAAACAAUAGUUCUAAGUGCUCACAGUUCUCUGAAGAAUAUUUUCUCUUCUCUUCCGAACAUUACAUACACUGGCUGUGCAAAAUGUGGAUUGGAACUAGAAACAGAUGAGAACAAUAUCUACAAACAGUGUUUUAGCUGCUUGCCAUUUACAAUGAAGAAAAUAUACUAUAGGCCAGCUUUAAUGACCAUAGUUGAUGGGACAUACAAGGUUUGCAUCCAUGUAGGAUCAAAGCUGAUAGAGAAGAUUCUUCUCAACAUUUCUCCUGACUGUCUCAACAGGGUUAUAAUAGCCCCGUCCUCAGAGGUCACCUACGGCAUGGUUGCAGCAGACCUGUUCCAUUCCUUGUUGGCAGGCAGUGGGGCACCCUGCGUGGUGAAGGUGCAGAGCAGCUUUGUGUUAGAUGAGAACAGCUACCCACUGCAACAAGAUUUCUCCCUACUGGACUUUUAUCCUGACAAAGUAAAGCAGGCAUCCUAUACCAGAUGAAGAAAUUGCAGGAAACAGUCUAGCAAGAAAGGCAAAACGAGCCCGGGAACUAAAGGUUCACUCUGUUCCAUCCCUGCCCUGUUCCAGGCUCUAUACUGAAUUCUUGGGUAUGGAUGUAAGAUAUUUUCUCAGGCCAUUUUUCUGCUGUACUCACUAACUUCAAGUGCUUUCCUUUAUUCCUACUUUAGUAAACCAUCAACAUGAAAUGAUUUCCUUGAUUAUAACUAUAUAAAAAGGUAUUCUUUUAAGACUGUGUUUAGAUAAGUUCAAGGCAAGCAUGUCUUUCUAUAAAGAAUCAUUGAAAAUGAAAGGAGAUCAUGAUUCAAUCAAUUUAUAAAGGAAGAGAGUCAUUGUUAGUUCAUCUCUAGGAUAUGAGUACCUUAUUCAAAGUACUUUCCAACAACCCUAGCAAUUUGUUUUGUUAUUGUGCCUAUAGGAGAAGCUUGUAUAAAUGGUAGUCACCAAUAAGGAAACAUGGACUGGUUCUUCACCUGUAAGUUUGGAGGGUAUGUUGAGUGUUAAUAGAUUAAUAGUAUUGCUUGGAAAUCACUAUAUUCAUAAUGAAAUGAACACGUUUAUUUUACUAUAUGUGUGUUUCUAAAAAUUAUUCUGCUUCAUUGAAAUUAUUUUCUCCAAUUUAGGGUUUUUUCAAACUUGGCUUCCCUAAAAAUGAACCUCAGGAGUUUGUGAUUCUCCCAAAAAUAGCAUGCAAAAAUGUGUAAGAGUGCUCAGACACAAAAACAAAAGUACAGUCUGUGGAGACCUGUCCUUAGCUAUCAAUAAAUCCUCAGAGUGGUCUUUGACCAAAAGAAGGGCAGGAAUAAGGGCUUACCUGGAGACAUAAUUCAUGGGAAAGGUAGGGGAUUAGAUGAAAUAAUUGCUAAGGUUUUAGCUAGCACCUAGUAAGGCAGGUAGAGAAAGAAUUUUCUCCACUUUGUAUCUGGAAAUACUGGAAUUCAAAGGACUUGGCUGCCCUGGCAGGUUCAUCUAAUGGGUGAUGGGUGUGAGCCCUGAGCUGGUGUCUAAUCCCUGCUCUUCUUUCUGUAGCCACGGUAGGGGCAAAUUUCGAAUUCACAUAUAAAAUCUGCCUCAUCAGUAUAAGCUAUUCUCUUAAAUUUGCCCUUCCCUACUUUGUUGCCGAAAUGUGGCCUACUCCCUGUUUCAACCAAAACAUAAUCCACUAGAACAGAUGGUUCUUCACAUCCUGUUGGGAAGAAGUCUAAGCCAUUUACUUGGAUAAAGGAUGCCAGGUCACACCUAUUCCUCUUCGCAGCCUUUGGUAUAUAUUUCAUGGACUAACACAUACUUCCAGGAACCCUUACUUAGGUUGGAAACUGUUUCCUCCUGUCCUAAGGAAUCUGACCUAUCUCCAGAAAUUAUCAUCUAUUUAAUUGUGAUCAGGAGAGCCAUUGCUUCUAGGUGAAUUCCUUACUUGAGAUUUCCAUGUGAGUACAUUCAGCCUACCCCAUACAUUUGCAUAAAACUCAGUUGGGUAGCCUAAGAGUGUUAGCCAAUGCUAUAUCUGGCAAUCCCAUGGUGGGCAUUUGAGGUAAAUCUCAUCUUCAGCUCCUGAUAGCUCAGCUGAGAGGGGCAGCUCUUUCUCCCCUCUUAGUACUCAAUACUGGUAAACUUAGCUUUCCCAAAUGUAUAGUUUCUCUAACAGCUAUUAGAAACAUUUACCUUUCUCUAGACUGGUAAGAUUUGUGCUAAAUUUCCUGUUAUGUCUUCGGGUUUUUUUUGGUAGGCAGGAGGGCUCUGAUCUUCAGGUGGGAUGGCAAAGUUGGACACAUGAUCUCCCUGGUACUGAGUCUACCAUGUGCUAGUCACUGGGAAUACAGACAAAUAGGAAGGCCUGCCUUCAGUGAGUUCACAGGCAAGUUGGUGAAGAAAUACUUAAAAUUAUAUAGUGCUAGGAUUAAAUCUGUGUGGAAAAGGCAAAGGUAAAUAGCAGGAUAGGUUCAUUAGGACUCUUGGUUGCAAAUGAUCAAAACCCAACUUGUAGCUUGAGCAAAAAAGGGGAAAAACUGCUCAUAUAACAAAGUAGUACUAUCUUAUAGCAUAGUUGAAUCCAUUGGCUUAAACUGUCAUCUAUUUCCCCCAACUCCCUUGUUCUUUCUUUUCCUUCCCUUCUAUUUCUCGCCUGGUUUCUCUCCUUGCCCUGUUCUCUCCCCCUGUCCAGUUUCUUUUUACCCUCUCUAGUCUGUUCCUUCCUUCAUCUUCCUCUCCUUUCUCUCUCCUUAUCUUUCCCACCUAUCCACAUGGAGAAAAGUUUUAAACUUUCUUCUUUACAGAAAGAGAGACUCUUUUUGCUAGUGUCCACAUAAAAAUUUCAUGGAAGGAAUAAAAAUUUCAAGUCUGCUUAAGUUACCUGCCCUCCUGCUGUGACCAGCGGGUAGCAAGGGAUUGAAGGGCUAGAACACAUAGGAUGAAAGGAGCCCUUCCUUAGUGGAAGGAGAGUUCUAAGCAGACAUAAACAUGUCUGUUUAAUGGAAGAUGCAAGAAGGCUUCAUAGAGGACGUAUUUAACUUGCAUCUUUAAAUAUGAGAAGUAUUCACAAAAACAGUGAGAGGCAUAAAAUAGCACUGAAUAUUUGGGAACAUGGGACAUCUCAAAUGGGGCUGAAAAAAAUGAGUGCCCCCAAAUGUAUAGGAGAGACAUAAGACGCUUCAGCAAGGUAAUACAUGUCUGAAGAAAUCUUAGCUCACAAAGCAAUGGAGUUUUUAUCUAUAGGUUCAGUUUGGUAUAUGAAAAUAAAUACUGAUUUGUGCCUAGCAUUGCAGUACAUAUUUUAGUGGAUACCAGUGCCACUACUGGGAUCCCAUACCAAUUCUCCAGCCAUGGAGGAGAAACACCAGAGUGCUGGGAAACCAUUGACAAGUUUUAUUUUCCUUCAACACAAGCAUUUUUAAUCAUACGUUUGUGGCCUGGAGGGUUUUGAGACGAUGCAAUAAACAUCAUGAAUCAGAACAAUUAGAAUAAAGUGUUCAUCUUGCCGGAGAGUUUAAUGCUGGCCCUUGUUUUCAUGUCAGUAGGGGGAGAAACAUGUGAAAGGGAAUGAGGUUUGCCAAUUAGCUGUCGUUCUGUCUUUGGAGAUCUUGAACCUGGCUUGUCAUUAAGAAAUUAACUCCACCCACUUAAAGGAAUAUAUUUGCUAAGGGUGAUCUCUGUGCUUCCUAGCGGAGGGGAAGGAAAUGUAGCGAUUUCAUCUCUUCUUUCCUUCCUCUGCAGCUGCAUUGAGCUGGGGGAAAGGCCCGAACUGGCACUAAGUCAACCUCUCCCCAUUCCCUCCCGGACCCUGAGGUCCAGCUCCUCCGGUGAGCAGGGGCAGGGAGGAAAGAAAGAAAGAGGACAAGAGCCUCUUUACAAACGGGCUCCCACUAGGUCCUCUCAACUGACCGCCUCUGCCUUUCUAGCCCAUCUUGACCGCCGAUACUUUCUGCAUAGCAGGCAUCCAAUCUUCCUCUUUCUCGAGCACAUGUGAGAGUUCUUUGGAGUGCUUCCCUUAUACAAUGUAACAGUUUUUUGUGGAGACCAAGCUUCCUCCUCGUCUUUUCCCCCCACAACUCCUUCCAAGUGUCACCUCCUCUCUCCAUCUCGACAUCUCUCCAAUUCACUUCUCUCUGUGCUCAGAUAAGCACAGAGUAGAGUAGGUCAGCCAAUUCUCUGCAUAAUCAGACAUUGGGCAACCUAAGGAAUUGUCCUUAUUGGCAUAAUGUGUAUAGUACAAUUCAGUUUAUGUAACACUGUAAUUAUACUGUCUGGAAGAAUCUUACUAAAAUGGUGUAGUGAUUACUCUUGGUGGGAAACUAGGGCCUGGUUUUACUUUCUCCUUUAUUAUUAUUUUAUGUGAUGGUAUUACUAGGAAAAUUUCCUUAAUUUCUAAAGAAUACAAAUUCCCUAUAUUAAAAAGAUCACUUCCCAAAUACAGAAAAAGAUAAUAUGGUUUUGAUCACAGAAACUACCAGCACACAGUAGAUAUACCUACCUCAUGAAAUGGCAGCCAGGCACCCAUGACGGUCCUUGUCUAGGCCACAGCUGUACAAUUUAGUUUGAGCUCUUGGCAAAAAUUGGUCAAAGAACAGUAAGAUGCCUACUCAAGAUAGGCCAAUCAAAUUCUUUUUUCCUGUAAUUAAAUUAAUACUUAUAUUUUAAUAAAAUAUACAGAUCUUAAAUGUACGAUUUGUUGAAUUUUCACAAUGCAUACAUUUGUGUAACCAAUACCCCACUGAAGAUUUAGAAUAUUUCCAUCACUGAAAAUAUCCCUCAUCUCCACUUCCAGUCAAUCCCCACCCAGGACAGGCAACCACUGUUCUGAUUUCUGUCACCAUAGCCUAGUUUUAUCU